GUGCUCUAUCACUGAGCUACACACACCCUUGCUUUGUUUAAAAUUUUAUCAGUGCAGAAGUAAGUGGGGUUAGAGAAUGUGUUAGUUAAGUUUGCAAUUAAUUACAAGAACGCUGGACAAAUGACCAGCCUAUAGAAUAAUAGCUUGUCUUUGUGAACUUCUCUCUCUGGUCUUCCCCCACCUCUCCCCUUCCCUUUCCUGUCUUCUCACCUCUUCUUGUGUUGGUGAUGGAACCCAGAGCCUUAAAUUAGUUAAUAUUGCUGCUCUACCACUGGCCCAUGCACUCUUCAACACCCAUCCCCUCCGCAGGUUUUUCAUAGCCUAGGCUGCCCUGCAACUUCUGAUCCUACUACCUCUACACCAUGCCUGGUUUUUAUGGGGUUCUGAGGACUGAACCUGGGCUUACUGCAUCCUAGGCAAGCAUCCUAGCAAUCAAGCACAUCCCCAGGACACCGCUCCCUCUGUUAAAUGAACUCCAUAUAUUGCUUCACUAUUACAACCCAAGAAAUUAUACCGUACUAUUUUUAGCAUAUUCCAUCCCAGCCACAGUGUGCCCCUAACACUGGCAUUAGCAAUCUCAAAGUUUGGAUAUAGACUUCCUGUUGUACAAAGUCAGUGUUGUUGUUUUAAGCAAUAGUGGGUAUGUGGUUUUAAGGAAACCUGGUUCUUCUGUAUCUUGAUUAUACUGAAAUCUGAUAAGGAAGUGGUCAUCUCAGGAUUACUGGAUGUAGAUGUUUUGGAUCUGAUACCGGUUGAAGCCAACUUCGUGAUCUUUGUAUAUUUGCUUUUAUUUAUUUGUGCAGAAGAUUUGAUGUGUUCCUCUCCUCCCCAACUCCACCAACUUCCAGGUACAUACUUUCUCAGUACUCUCUUUCCCCUCAGUUUCCCUCAGGGACAGCAGGAAUUUCCAACAGGUAAAAUUGAUGCACUUGAUUUAAUACCUAAAUCUUUCCACCGUUUUGACGGAAUGAAGUUGAUUAGGCUGAGUAAAGAGAUAAGUGUAAAUCAGAGAGGGCCUGGGGAGAGCAUCCCUUUUGUGGUUGGGUGUCUUCCGGUAGUUAAUUGGUUUGGAAGUCUGAAACGUUCUGUCAGGAAACACCUGAGAGCUGGUCACUCUUGGUAGCAGGUCGAGAGUGGGUGGAGGAGCAAGGAGCAAGGAGAGGAGGCGGGCUUGGCAUCACCUGGCCGGGCUGCUGGGGGUUUCCGUGUGGGCACCAGGAGAGAUGGGGGCAGCGCUAACAAAGAGGAGCCGUGCCGGGGCCGGGGCCGCGGGUAGCUGGCCUAUCCCCGGCGACUGACCUCCUAGUGGGCCUCCCCAGUUGGCUGUGUGGCAAGUCGCUCUGCUGGUUCCUUGGCUGACGAUUGGCUGUGUAGACAGGAGGGAGCUUGCAAAGAGCAAGGAUGGAGUUGAGGGGGCGGGGCUGGCUUCCGGCGGCGGAGGGGAGCGAGACAGAGCGGGCUGGGGGAGGGGGUGUCGGCGCACCGAGGAGUGCAGCGCUCUUGGUGAGCCUGGCACCCGGAGUAGCCGUCUCCCCCUCCCCCUGCCAGAGCCGCUAGAAGCCCCCUCUCUUCUGUCCUCCCUGGACUGGGGCCAGCAGGGCUGCACUGUCCCAGGCCGGCGGGGCGGAGCCCGGAGCCCCACUGAGCGCUGCAGAGCCAACCUCACCUCCUGCCCAGGGCGCAAGUGUGAGCCACUGCCUCGUGUUGGGUUGAUGCUGGUCUGCCAUGCUAGCCUGUCUCCCAGGGCCAGGUGACCUGUCCUUUCAGCUUCUCUCUCACACGCAGAUGAACACUGGACUUCAGAAAUGGGACACUCCACAGAAAAUGAGAGCUGCUCACUAUCCUACCCCAGCCGAAUUGGACGCGUAUGCUAAGAAGGUCGCAAACAACCCACUGACUAUAAAAAUCUUCCCCAACAGUGUGAAGGUUCCCCAGCGGAAACACGUUCGUCGUACUGUGAACGGCCUCGACACAUCAGCCCAGCGCUACAGCCCCUACCCGACUCAGGCCGCCACCAAGGCAGGUCUGCUUGCCAUUGUCAAAGUGCCAGCCAAAAGCAUACUCAAGGACUUUGACGGCACCCGAGCCCGGCUACUCCCCGAGGCCAUCAUGAACCCCCCAGUGGCACCCUAUGCUACUGUGGCACCCAGCACUUUAGCCCACCCCCAGGCCCAGGCUCUGGCCCGCCAGCAGGCCCUGCAGCACGCACAGACCCUGGCCCACGCCCCUCCCCAGACACUGCAACACCCUCAGGGUAUACCACCACCACCACAGGCACUGUCUCACCCUCAGAGCCUCCAGCAGCCUCAGGGCCUGGGCCACCCGCAGCCGAUGGCCCAAACCCAGGGCUUGGUCCACCCGCAGGCCCUGACUCACCAGGGUCUCCAGCACCCCCCUAAUCCAUUGCUGCAUGGAGGCCGGAAGAUGCCAGACUCAGAUGCGCCCCCGAAUGUGACCGUGUCUACCUCAACUAUCCCCCUUUCGAUGGCGGCCACCCUGCAACACAGCCAGCCCCCGGACCUGAGCAGCAUCGUGCAUCAGAUCAACCAGUUUUGCCAGACGAGGGCAGGCAUCAGCACUACCUCAGUGUGUGAGGGCCAGAUCGCCAAUCCCAGCCCCAUUAGUCGCAGUCUGCUCAUCAAUGCAAGCACCCGGGUGUCGACCCACAGCGUCCCCACACCAAUGCCUUCAUGUGUGGUCAAUCCCAUGGAGCACACCCACGCGGCCACAGCCGCACUGCCUGCCGCAGGCCCUGUCAACCUGCCCACAGGCAUCUCUCGAGCCCCCACUGGCUACCCUAGCGACCUCAAGCCAGUUACCUGGAACCAGCACCAGCUGGCCCACCUACAACAGAUGUGCAGUGAAGCUGGUGGGACACCAGCCCCUGGCCUGACGGGCAAACAUACAGCAGGACGUGAGUUGGCGGGGCCUGGUUUUGUGGGCAAGGCCCCUGCCUACCCACAGGAACUCUGCCUUGCACAGUCCUUCCAUCUGAAGCCUUCCCUGGAGAAGCCGACCCCAUCCCCACCUGUCAAUGGCCUACCAGCCCCGCUGGCCUAUCCCAACGGUCACUACUUCCAGCCCCUGUGGAACAACAUCCUACCAACUCCCAACAGCGACAGCUCGGGGUCUCAGGACCUCGCCAUGCCGUUCCAUGGUGGGCAGCCCACAGGUGCACCCCUCGACUGUGCGGCAGCUCCUGGGGCCCACUACCGAGCGGGAGCUGGGGGUGGGCCAGUGGCGAGCCAGAACAGCCUGAUGCAAACGGUGGAUUACCUGAGUGGGGAUUUCCAGCAGGCCUGCUUCCGAGACCAGAGCCUGGCCAUGUUGAGUAAGGCCCACCGAGCCCCUGGCACCCGAGCCCCUGAUCCCACAGAUAGUCGAAGUCUUCAUAUUCAGCACCCAGGGUAUAGAUAGGGAGCCGUGACGUCCUCCUCAGGCAACACGUCAUACAUGGCCCUUCUAGGUUUAGUCUGACUUUUAAGUAACUGGAUAGUUUCAAAGUUUCACUGCUCCAGUGUGAUCAUCCUUAAAUACCUAAGGAAGGGAACUUGGCGGGGUCUAUUUGGGGGCAGAAGAAAUUCCUUUAUCCUCCCCUCAAACAACUCUUGGCUUUCUGUUAGACACAAACCUGUCCUCUCAGCCGCCUGCCUAUCAGUCCGUCUCCACCUUGACCAUUUGUUACUCUUGCCGUCUUGCUGAGGCUGAGGAUGGCUGAGAGCAGUGGCCUGGAGCCUUAAGUUCGACUUCUCUGUCUGGGACUAAGAAGCCAGACUUUCUAAGUGCUCUGGAAGCUAAUUCUUUAUUCCCCCAAAGAUGUCAAAUCAGAAUAAACAGAGUUUCCAUCUUUCUCAGCUGCUCCCAUUCCUCAAGGCUUGGUUCUGCAUUGACGUUGCUCCCAAGCCGCUGCGCUUCUCCUUGACAAAGUUCUGAGACUCCGAGAGGAAACCUUUGUGUUGCAUCUUGGUUCUUGACCCCCCUUCCAGAGAAAUGCAGUGGCCGUCUGGCAUUCCCAAGACCUCCUGUCACUGUUGCCUCUCUCCAAACGACUGUCCUCAUCCCUGCCUCCCCUCCCCCUUAAGAAAAAAAGAAAAAAAAAAAAAAGAAAAAACUACCUUACUUGAAGAAUUAGUUAUAGGUAAAGGAUGAUCACAUUAGAGUUUGGAAUUAAAAACACCAAAAAAGUUUAAAAAAAAAAGUUAAACUGCAUUUGGUUCUCUACACUGGCUAGGAGUUAUUGGUCCACACUGUAAGUUUUAAGUGUCAUGUUUCUGUCUGAAUGUGUGGGUUUGAGGAGCGUUUUGUGUGAGCGGCCCCACAGGUACAUUCACCCUCACAUUUUGCAGCCCUUCAGUUUAAUGAAGAACAAAAGGAAAAACACAACGCCUUAAGCUCUUUGAAUUCUUCCUCUACCAAAUGAGCAUGGUUCUGACUGCUGCGGAGGGGCGAACAUUGGAAACAGCCCCUCUUGCCCCUUGCCCGUUCUUAGAGCAUCUCCCACCUUCCAGGACCAGUGUGUCUCAUUCCCAAGUGACAAUUAGUUGUCUAGACACUCAACGCAUCUCUGUAACUCUAGAUUGUUUUGUUGUAAGCUUUUGCACCUGUCUUCUGUCGCACAGCAGGGCUUUAAGAAGAAUAAUAAUAAGCCCUUGCCUUCCCUCUUGUCUUUGGGGAAUGUGAGCUGAUAACUGAAGGUUUUGGGUUUAUUCUCACUGUUUCUUAGCCAGACAUUCUGUAGUGAACUGAAGCGAUGUGACUGAAGACCAGUUUUUAAAUUAUGUGUUGGCAAGUUGCCUUAUAUUUAAAAGGAAGAAAAAAAAAAAAAA